UUGGACAUAUUCUCCCGAACACAGACUCAGAGUGGAGACAGACACGCGUGGUGCGGGAUGAACGCGCAGGAUUACGCAUGCGUAACGGUGCGGGGUCGCGCGCCCUGGGGCUUCCAGCUGCGCCAAAAGACGCACAGACGUGUUCAGGUGCACCAGGUUGAAGAAGGCAGCCAUGCAUCCAUGGCUGGUCUGUGUGAGGAUGAUGAGCUCGUGUCUGUUAAUGGAGUAUCCUGCUCCAGCCUCAGUCUUGCAGAGGUUAUUGUUCUCAUUGAGAAAGCUACUGACUGCCUGCAACUGCUGGUAAAAAGGUGCUGUUUAUUCCCUCAACAGAAGUCUCAGUCAUUUAACACCACACUCAAGGCUUCCUGGAGGGAAUUGAGGGAACCCUACAAAUCUGAGAAUGUAGAUGAGGCACAUUAUGAAGAGACAAACAGUGAUACAGAGUGCCCUGCAGGGAACACCAUGGUCCGAACACAGUUCUGCAUUCCAGCACCUAAGGACAGAACUGGUCCAGACACCUGUGACUCCUAUGUUGGAACCCCCAGGUUAGAAAUCACUCCAGGAGCUGUAGUGGAAUUGCAGUUGUCACUCUCUCAGACCACCUUGGAAGACACAGGCUGUACCUCAUUAGGAAGUGCCCGGGGAGUUACAGGAGACUUGUGCCAUGAAACAAACACUGAAAAUGACACUACAACCAAUGCACCAGGCUGCUCUUUGUAUAUACCAUUGCAUGAUAGAGAGCCUCUAAGUCAGCGAGGUGUGCUUGUCAGUUCUCCCUCUGCUUUGCUGGGACAGGUGGAGGUUACCAUACAGCCAUCUGGGAGGGACUCUGGAACAAAAAAAGUGGGGGCUGUUGGGACUGAGGCAACAGCUAAUGAACAACGGGAUUAUGUGAAGGGGGAAGGAGGGCACACCGAUGAUGAUCCCACCUCCUUCUCUGUCUCCUUUGGAAUUCCAUCAGAAGAGGAGGACUCUGAGUCAGAGAGGGAGCUCAACAAGCCCAACAAGCACCGGCCAAGGCACGCCAGGCUCCGUCGAAGAGAAAGCCUGUCUGAAAAGCAAGUAAAGGAGGCCAAGUCCAAAUGCAAGCGCAUUGCCCUCCUCCUAACUGCUGCUGCCCCUAACCCUAAUAAUAAGGGGUUGUUGAUGUUCAAGAAGCAUAGACAAAGGGCCAAGCAGUUCACACUGGUAAGCUACGGAACUGGUGAGAAUGAACCAGAAUUUGAGAACGAAGACGACGAAUACAGUGACAAGGAAACACAUGCUGUUGAGUUCACAGUUCUAGCCACCAGUGAAACUGACAUUGAUGAAGAUUUUUUCACAAAUUCCCCAGGCCACAAAAACAUUGUAACCUUUGAUUUGGAUACUGGACUUCUUGAGAUAGAACGCAAGCUUUACAACCAAGAGGAAAUGAAUGCACUCCCUGAAACCAAGGGCAAAGGGGCCCUGAUGUUUGCACAGCGCAGGCAACGCAUUGAUGAAAUAUCAGCUGAACAUGAAGACAUGAGAAGUAAAGGGAUUCCUGUGGAAGGUAUACAGGAAGCUGAGGAAAAUUACCAACAGGAAAAUCAGCACUCUUGCAUUCAGACUAGUGGCAGCCAGAAUUACAUUGAUGUAAAUGUGCAACACCAACAAUACCAGCAAUAUCAAGAACAGCAUUAUCAACAGCAACAGCAGCAUCAAUAUCAAGAAUUCCAACAACAGAUGCAGUACCAUCAGCAGCAACAGCAUUAUCAACAACAGCAGGAAUUCCAGCAGGGUCAACAAUAUCAGCCUCAACAGUCCCAACAACAGCAGCAGGUGCAACAAUACUUUCAUAAUUUGAAUGGUGUGUCUAGUCAGCAAACAAAUGUAGCACAAUCAUCGGUCAUUAACAGAAGUGCCAAACCAUUUUCAGUUCAGAAUACAGUGGCAGCCCCAUUUUCCCCUUCUGCAAACCAAGCACAGUCUUAUUAUUCAGAUGGACAAGGGGAACAAAUUGCAUCCAGAGAUGAGCGAAUUUCUGUACCUGCAAUCAAAACAGGACUCUUACAAGAUACAAGGAGAAAGAACAAAGCUAAACCCAUGUUCACUUUUAAAGAGCCUCAUAAAGUUUCCCCAAAUCCAGAGUUGCUGAAUCUUCUCAACAGGAAAGACAAGAAGACAGGCUUUGAUUCUGGUACAGAGGAGGAUUAUCUAAGCCUGGGGGCAGAGGCCUGCAACUUUUUACAGUCCACUAAAGUAAAGAACAAAACCCCACCACCAGUUGCUCCAAAACCACACAUACACACAGGUACUCCUCCAUGGUCACCACAACCAGAAAUUACAAGUCAGCAAUUUAAUCAGGAUGAUGAAAAUAACAUCCCUGUAACUUCCAAGGAUCCUGUCACUGAAAUUGAUUCCUCAGCUAUACCAGAGGAAGAGACCUCCAGAGCACAUGUUACUGAUCAAAAUGAAGCUUCUUCCCUACCCCACUCACAGGUUCAACCAGAUUCAGCCAAUGCAUGGGGUCUAUCAGAAACACAAAUACAAUCAGGUCAGCAAACGGAUACUUGGCAUGAGAAUCAAUCCCAGCCACAGUUGCUUUGUAAGCCAGAGCCAGUUGUCAGUUCUUGGGGUCCAUCUUCAACUCAGGCUCUUAAGCAGCCACCAGUACCUGCUUGGGGUUCAGCUGAGGUUCCAUCACAAGCCCUUGCCCAGAAUCAAUCACAGAUGCAGCCACCUUGGGUGACACGAUCUCAAGUCCUUUCUGAAGUGCAACCACACACAGCUGUUCCAGCGCAAUCCCAACCCGAGCCUUCCUGGGUGACACAAAGUCAUCCCCAACAUCAACCCCACCCUCAUUCUCAAAUUAAUACAUGGGCAACAGCCCCAACUGAAUCACCACACCAACCCCCAUGGGCCCAAAGUCAAGUGUCAGGACAGGCAUCAGUCAGUACUUGGUCACAAGAUCUAAAUCAACCCCAAGUACAGCUAUCCUGGGCCCAACAGCAACACGAGUCUCAACCAAUACCACCUUGGACAGCCUCUCAACAGCAACCCCAGUCCCAUUGGAUUCAACCUCAGAGCCAGCCACAGCCUCAAACACCUUGGGCCUCUCAGACUCAGCAGCAAACCCUGCCACCACCACCUGUAAAUACAUGGAAUCAAUCUCAGUGUCCAGUUAAUACACAGUCCCCAUGGACUCAUCAGGCAAAACCAUCCUCUCAGCCUCCAGCACAAAUACAGCAGCAACAGAACCCUUGGACCUCAGUACACCUCCAGUCACAACCACACUCUGCAUGGGUACCACAGCCUCAAGAGCAUCCACAGCAAACCAUGAAUUCAUGGGCACCAGAGCAGAACAAAAUACAGACACACUGGAAUCAGCCACAAUCUCCAGCUCAAGCGCAAUCUCCAUGGUCUCAUCCACCUCAGCAACAGACACCACCACAGUCUCAGUCUCAAACAGUUUUAAGUACAUGGACGCCACAACCCCAGCAAGGUCCAGCCAUUACCAGUGGUUCUACUGAAAGUCAGAAAUUCUCUCAACCAGUCAAACCUUGGAGUCCAUCUCAGACCACUCAACCUCCUCUUCCUCCACAUCAACUAAAAUCAAAUACACCUAUAUCAAAGGUACCAUCUCACAUGCCAGGAAUGCCAAGAAUGGGUUCAGCCUCUGGAAUGGGUCCAGCUUUUGAAAUGCCAGCCUUGCGAGGGAAAGGUGCUGAACUUUUUGCUAAGCGGCAAUCCAGAAUGGAAAAAUAUGUGGUGGAUUCAUCUACAGUGCAGGCUAACAAGGCAAGAUCUUUGUCACCUUCUCCUUCUUUACCUGCCUCAUGGAAAUAUUCACCUAAUUGUCGUGCCCCUCCACCUUUGGCAUACAAUCCACUACAGUCACCCUCUUAUCCACUAGGUGCUAUCAAGCAACCUCCCUCUUCCAGCCCUUCUUUAAAGAACAAAAAUAAAGUAACAGACAAAGAGAAACCAGCACCCAAACCACUUAAUGUUUUGGAUGUCAUGAAGCAUCAACCUUACCAAUUAAAUUCUUCCCUUUUUACUUAUGGUCCAGCAGCAGAAAAACUUGCUUCAGAAAAAGAGGCAGCUGAAAAGCUUGCUGCUCAAAAAGCAGCUGAAGCUCAAGAUCAAUCCCAAUCACAAGCUCAGUCUCAAGCUCCUGACCCCUAUGCUUUUAUACCACAGCAACCCCAGCCUUCCCAGCAGCACUAUACUAUUCCUAUUUCCUCUCCUGCUAUGCAUGAUGAUCCUUAUCACCACAGUCCUAACAGCUAUCAGCCCGCCCCUAAUGCUUAUCAACAAAUCCCCUAUCAGCAAAUAUAUAAUCCACCACAUGCUUACCAACAACCUCCUUCCAACUCUUACCAACAAUCACCAGGUUUCUCCUACCAACAGCCAUCUCAAUAUCAAGCUGGCCCAUAUCCAGCUUCCCAGGCACCCUGCUACCAACCAACUCCAACCUCUUAUGUAGUGCCUAAUUGUCCAGUAUCAGGAAGAGCAGAGUCAUCUACAGGGAGUAUCACUCUUGCUGCUCCAAAACCAAAGUUCUCAGCCAAGAAAAGUGAUGCACAAGUGUGGAAGCCUAGUGCAGCUGAAAGUGAUAAUAAAUAGUGUAUUUAACUUAAUUGGCCUAGCUAAGUGUGAAACCAGAGCUAUAUAUUAACAAGAUUUCUCAAAAAUGCAGUAAAUAUUUUAGCGCAGAGUUUGUAACAUUAAUUGUAACUAUUUAACUAUUAGUUACAAUUUCGUAUUGUACUGGUAUUCUUUUUGGAGAGUUUCUUCAAUUACAUGUUUGUAAUGAGCAAGUUAAUGAUUUAGGAUGUUCAUGUGGUGUUGAAUUGACGAAUAUAGAUGAUGAUAAUCUUAAUGAAGGGAUAUAUAUAAGGAUUAAGGUUGAUCAGGCAGAGUAGUCAAUCAGUUCAGAAAGCUUUUGAAAUCAAUAAGACAGACAACUAUACUAUAAGGUAUGAAUUAACAUGUAUAGUAUAGUCAGUGGUUUAAGGUGUUUUGCAAGAAUGUUUUGUAAGAAAGUGUGAAUGGAUUAUAACAUAUGAUUGAGUUAGUCUUUGAAAGGAGUUUUGUAGCCUCACCCAUAUUAAACAGUCAGUGACAGUGAUUUAUUUAACUUAUGGAAAAACAAAUUUGUAAUUUUUAUGUUAAAAGUAUAUUUAGGCUUUUAAGCAUUAGAAGUAUGCAAGAAUAUAUACAUAUGAUAUAGAGUUUAAGCUGUCAAAUGAUAUAUUUAAAUUUAAGCUUGGAGCAGUGCUUUAUUUCACUAUAUUUAAGGUCUGUAGAUAUUGUGUGAUGUAUUUAACAACAGGUUAACCAAAAAAUAAGGGUUUGUUUUUUCGGCUAUUUGGAACUAGUAUGUAAUUUUUAAAAAUUACCACCUGGAGCUCUUUCUGUUUCAAACUUUCUUUCUACAUUUCUUAUUGUUUGGGACAAAUUAAUUUUCAGAUACAGAGUCCAAGAGUUAAUGAACUAAACAUAAAUAACUGGCAAGGCUUUUCUGAACGUAAAGACACUGAAAAUUUGAAAAACAAUCAUUUUAUUUGUUUUGUAAUAUGUUAGCUUUUUUGGAUUCUUCCCCAUGUUUUCUUUUCGUUUUUCUCUUCUGUGGGUUUUCUUCACAGCACAAUUUCUGUAAGACCUGCCACAGUGUUAUUAAAACAACUCUGUGUCAUUCUGCUUCAGCUUUCUUUUAUUCACAUUGCAUGCAGCUCUUGAUUUCUCCAUGCUUUUUAUUAUCUUCUCGCUUAUAUUUUCAUAUUCUUCUUCAAUGCUUUGAUUAGUUUCUUUCAGAAAAUAAUUGGCUUUUGACUUUCAGAAAACAACUGUCACAGUCAGUAAGAACAAAAAACAUCUGCCACUACAUUGUACAAGCACUGAAUAGUUUUCUCAGCUUCAAAGGUGUUUUUGAAAUGAAUUAAAAUUAAGGCACAAAUUAUGGUAUUCACCAUUUCAAACUGUGGUAAGUAAGUUAUUAUUAUAGAUGCCUUAAACAUGGACUUGCAUGGCAUCAUACUGUUGAGUAGUGCAAAGGCUUGUCAUUGCUGAAAUAUUGAAGUAAUAUGAUUCAAGGCCCAUUGCUAGGGUGAACACAGGCUAUUUUUGGAAGAAUAUGAUACAUGCAGAAGAAGAAGUCACAAUCAUUGUACAUUAAUUCAGUGUGGGCCAUGUCACACUGUUUUGGGAUAAGACUAGUAAUCCUAGUGGAAAUUGAAUAUACUGGCUAAUUAAUAUAAAACAUUUCAAAUUCAAGACUAUAAAAACCAAACAAAAAAAAUUUGAUUUUUAGAAAAAUGUGGAAUUGUAUAUAGAGCUUUAAUUUCACUAUAGCAUUUAAAUAGGAUAUACUACAGAUUCCCAAAGAAGAGAAGAAUUGUGCUAAAUGUGCAAUUCAAUCAUGCCUGAACUAAAAUGUUGUAUUCAAGGUGCAGCUGGCAAGCAAAUGAAGCAUAAUUUUACACCUUUGAAACAGCAGGUGGUAGCAGAGACCUUUUGGUUAAAUUCUGUCUUGAAAGCGGUUCUGUUGGCUGGUCAGACUGGAAUGGAACCAUUAUGGAAUGAAAAGUUGAAAAAAAAAAAAAAAAAAGACCUUUGGAUGCUGGUUGACAGAACA